AGUGGUCGGUCGUCUGUGAAGGUCUGAGACACCGUGAAGUUCGUUUCUGGUGGUAAAAUGCUUUGCUUUAUAUAUGUUGUGCGUCAAAGGAAACGUUACGUUAAAAGGAAAAUCCAAUUACCACAAGUGGUGGGUCUCUAAUAAACUCAUCACUCACCGGCUCUCAGCUUUCAGCAGAGCCGAACAGGAGUGCACCGCCGCGGGGAGGAUGGCCUCAGUUUCGUUUAAUGAGCAGAGCAGAGGGUGAUCGUGGUGGGUUUCGGCUUUCCUCGCAGUGUUUCUGUCCAUUACGAUGAGAAGACAGCCUGCAGCAGCAGCAGCAGCAGCAGUCGCACUACUACAGGACAGACUGCACUGCGUGAUGCGGAUCAGGGUCCAAGAGUUGACAUCGUGCUAUCAGGAGGUGACAGUCUCCUCCUUUCUCCUCUGCUCACCUGCUCAUCUGUCGUGCCACCAAACGUCAAGAUGUUAGCGUUUUAUUCUCUCGCUUUUCAUGCAACUCGGUACAUCAAACUGCGUCUUCACCGGGACUUUUGAGUGUGUUUCUUUUUAAUAACACUGGGCAUCCAACGCUGGACUGUUUGUGUAAACCACCGGAGGACUUCAACUAUAAAUCCUACAAUGAUCUGACCGCUGUAAAGUGAGGCAAACAUUAAUAGAAGUCACCUGGCGUCGCCAUCUAAUUGACCGGCCGCGCUGCACAUGAUGGCCAAUAACAACGAGCUACAAACUGAUCCCGGCGGGCUGUCCGUGCUCCAGCAGCUUGGUCUGGACCAAAACUCUGACUUCUCUGACUCUAGCGUGCAGCAGCGCCUGGACGAACACCGCGAGAGGAUCCGCAGGGAGAUCCGCAAGGAGCUGAAGAUCAAGGAGGGUGCGGAGAAUCUGCGCAGAGCCACCACGGACAAGAGGAAUGCCCAGCAGGUUGACUCGCAGCUCCGCAGCUCCAAGCGCAAGCUGGAAUCCCUCCAAGCUCAGCUGCAGGAGCUGGAUGCACACAUCGUGGUGAAGGGCCCUGAUGACAACAGAGAUGCCCCCAAAUCUCCAGGAUCGGUCAAUCGGACGUCGGCCAACCACAGCCGCAUCGCAGCUUUGGAGCGGCAGUUAAACAUUGAGUUGAAGGUCAAACAGGGAGCAGAGAACAUGAUCCCAAUCUAUGCCAACGGAGGUACCAAGGACAAGAAACUUCUGCUGACAGCUCAGCAGAUGCUGCAGGACAGCAAGACAAAGAUCGACAUCAUCCGCAUGCAGAUCCGAAAGGCCAUGCAGGCCACAGAGCAGUCGGAGGACAACCAAUGUAAGCCUGACCUGUGUGGGGUGGAGCUGCGGGUGGAGGAGCUGUGGCAUCACUACCGCGUGGAGCACGCCAUGGCUGAGGGGGCCAAGAACAUGAUGCGACUGCUGGGUGCAGGAAAGGUCCAAGACAAGAAGGCCUUGGCUGAGGCUCAGUGUGGUCUCAGCGAGUCCUCCCAGCGUCUAGACCUGCUCAGGUGUUCUCUGGAGCAGAGGCUGCUGGAGCUCCCUGAGGAUCAUCCCAAAGCCUGCCUCAUCAAGGAGGAGUUAGUGCUGGCCUCUUCCUCUGCCUUCAGCUCUCGCCACAGCACCCCAUAUGUCCAUAACCAGUACAGCACCCUGAGCAAGCCAUCACCGCUCACAGGUACUCUUCAGGUGCAUCUUCUGGGCUGUAUGGGGCUGCUGGAGGUGGUCCCAGGGCGGAGCAGAGGCAGCCCGGUGGUUCUUCCCUCUCAUUCUCCGGGAGAUGGACGCUCCUCUUUCAAACUGAGUGGCCUCUACAAUCGUAGCAGCAGCAGCAUGAGCCUCAAGAUCCCCAGCAAGAACGAGGAGCUCUCCACGGAGGUGAGUGCGGUGCUGAAGCUGGAGAACGCAGUGGUGGGGCAGACACUUUGGAGAACCGUUGGAGAGCAGGCCUGGGACCAGACCUUCACUGUAGAACUGGAGAGAUCUAGAGAGAUGGAGAUUGCAGUGUACUGGAGAGAUUACCGCUCCCUGUGCGCUUUGAAGUACCUGAAGCUGGAAGAGUUCCUGGACAACCAAAGACAUCGAAUCCAGCUGGAACUGGAGCCACAGGGGCUACUGCUGGCUGAGGUGACUUUCUUCAACCCAGUAAUAGAGAGAGGCAGAAGACUCCAGAGGCAGAAGAAAGUCUUCUCUAAACAGCACGGUAAAGCCUUCCUGCGUGCUCGUCAGAUGAACGUGGACAUCGCCACCUGGGUCCGCCUGCUGAGGAAUGCCAUCCCCACUGGAGGCAACACACCUGCCUACACACCCAGUUUCACAAGCAACACACUCACACACAGCACAGGAGAAAUCUCAGUGGAGAAGCUGAAUCUGGAAAGCAGCUCACCUCCCAAAGCUGAAAUCAGCAGAGAUGUGGUGGAUGCACCCGGUCCUUUGGAACAGACGCCGGUCAUUGAGCCCCCGUCCACGCCGGAUGUCCCUGUUCACGAGCAGCCAACCAGAUCACUGUCACAGAACUCUUUACGCAGACCCAGCAGUGGCCCUCUUUGUCUGCAGGACUUCAAACUGAUGGCAGUACUUGGCAGAGGCCACUUUGGGAAGGUGUUGCUUGCAGAGUACAAAAAGACAGGCAGUCUGUACGCCAUCAAAGCCCUGAAGAAGGGGGACAUUGUUGCGAGGGAUGAAGUAGACAGUCUAAUGUGUGAGAAGCGGAUCUUUGAGGCCGUCAACGGCUCCCACCACCCCUUCCUGGUCAACCUGUUUGCAUGCUUCCAGACGCCAGAACAUGUGUGUUUUGUCAUGGAGUACACGGCGGGAGGAGACCUCAUGAUGCACAUACAUGCCGACGUCUUUUCCGAGCCACGUGCUGUGUUCUACUCAGCUUGUGUGGUCCUGGGUCUGCAGUUCCUUCAUGACCAUAAGAUUGUGUAUCGGGAUCUUAAAUUGGACAACCUGCUGCUUGACACAGAGGGGUUUGUGAAGAUUGCAGACUUUGGGCUUUGUAAAGAAGGCAUGGGUUAUGGGGACAGGACCAGUACAUUCUGUGGGACCCCCGAGUUUCUGGCUCCAGAGGUGCUGACAGACACGUCAUACACCAGAGCAGUCGACUGGUGGGGGCUCGGGGUGCUCAUCUAUGAGAUGUUGGUCGGCGAGUCUCCGUUUCCCGGUGACGAUGAGGAGGAAGUUUUCGACAGCAUAGUGAACGACGAAGUGCGCUACCCUCGCUUCCUCUCCACCGAAGCCAUCGGCAUCACCAGACGGUUGCUGAGAAGAAACCCUGAACGACGUCUGGGCUCUGGAGAGAAGGAUGCUGAAGAUGUGAAAAAACAACCUUUCUUCCGAGGUGUGGACUGGGAGGCGCUUCUUCAGAGGAAAGUCACUCCCCCGUUUGUCCCAACCAUCGCAGGGAAGGAAGAUGUCAGUAACUUCGACGUGGAGUUCACAGCAGAACCUCCGGCCCUCACGCCGCCACGCGAGCGCCGCACCCUCGGCCGCAGGGAACAGGACUACUUCAAGGAUUUUGACUAUGUCUCUGACCUCUGCUAGAGCCGCAAGGUUAUUAGCUGCCCACUGCCAGCCACAGACUCUGAGAUGAGACUGAGGAGUGAAGGCUGACUCUGUGUCCUGUACAGGGAGAGAGGAAAUUAGUGAUGAAGAGAGGCGAGGAUCACUCCUACCCUGUCCUCUUUCUGCCUGUUUGUGUGUGUGUGUGUGUGUGUGUGUUUGUGAUAGGAUGAAAGACUGGCUGGGCCGAGUGUAUGCGAAUGGGGAUCAGUGGAAUCUGAUGACAGCAUGUUGAGCACAUACACAGUGUCUCAUAUCUGCUCACCUCUAGAGGUCAGUAGAUCCAUGACCCGGCGUGACUUUCAGAGGAAGAGGAAGUGCUGAUGAUAACAUGAAAUAAUCCAGAUUAUGUAACAAAUGCAAGAUGAGAUGAUGGAUCCUGCUGUCUGCCCUGCCUGGCAACACACCGAAGCAUAAAAAAAAUGAGUCUGCAUUCGUACUGAAAUAUUCCGAGAGCCUAAAAUAUCAAAGUGUGAAAGUGAUAAAUCUGACAGGAAGCAGUUUGUCUCUUCCUUUACAUGCUCCAGUCUCUUGUCCUUUUUAUCUCUGCUGUUUGUUGCCGCUAGGUGUGUGUAUCGUUGUGUACGGUGUCCCUGCCCCCGUCAUUAAUGUAUCCGCAUCAGCUGCAGUCAUGCACCACCUGUACAUCAACAUGUGGGGGAGCCAGAGGAAAGAGUAAACUCUGCUAACAUUGGAUCAGAGCUGCUGCAGCCUGUUGGUGGGGGGGGGGAGCAGAGCAAGUGGGGGGAUUUGAACAGAGAAGGUGUGUGUGUGUGUGUGUGUGUUCGUUGUCCUCUCUGUCCACUGUCUUUCAGUGCAACAUACAGAUUUUUAACUACAAUCAUUUUUCAAUAAGAAAAGGCUUUUACAGAUUUUGUUCUUUUUUGUGAUUUAUAGUUUUGUUUUGUUUUAUUCUCCAUCUGUGUUUCUUCCUCUGUCAUUUGGUGGUGAAAUAUGUUGGAACUGUGACUCAGUAAAGAUGUGAACCAAA